CGCGAGAGAAACUUACAUGAAAAUAAGGACUGCUAACGAGUGAAAAUCAAUCAUAAAAAAAAUCAUUGUAAAUAUAUUAUUUUAUUAUUCCGCGUUUCAUGUUUCUGAAACAUUUUUAGAAUGCGUUACGGAACACGCACGACUGUCGUGACAGAAAAUUGAGUCAGUUCCGCAAGCAGAGCGCGAGAGUUGUGUCUUGUGUAUCUCCCGUGUUCCGUUUAUAGUUAUAAAGUGCAUUCUCGUAUAUGAUGGCGUCCGCGAAAAGAAAGCAAGACGAGAAAAAUUUGAAAAUAUUACGCGAGCUGGUCUCACAACCUGGUAAUAAAGAAUGUUUCGAUUGCCAUCAGCGAGGCCCAACUUACGUCAACAUGACAAUCGGUUCAUUUGUCUGUACCUCUUGUUCUGGUAUGCUGAGGGGCUUGACACCACCACAUAGAGUAAAAUCUAUUUCUAUGGCAACAUUUACUCAAGAGGAAAUAGAUUUUAUAAAGGAACGUGGUAAUGAAUAUUGUAGAAGAAUAUGGUUAGGCUUGAUGAACCAAAAUUCAUCACAGACUUUAGAUACAAAAGAUGAACAAAAGAUGAAAGAUCUAAUGAGUGCAAAAUAUGAGCUUAAAAGAUAUUAUUUGGAUCCGUCCAUGGCAAAUCAGAACUCAAAUCAAAAAUCACAGUCAUCUAAUCAAACUAACAUUCCAAGGGUUCCACAUUCUGGAACAUCUACUACAACAUUAUCUUCUACAACAUCUACAUCAGCUUCGAAAACAAACAAUGUUGAAUCAGUUAAUUUUAAUAACUUUUCAACAGAUUUUGUAGCUGAUUUCAGCAAAGUUCCUGAUCCAUUUAUUACUACUACAACACCUGCAAAUAAACUCAGUCAACCUAUUGUACCUCAGUCAUUCUUUGCCAAUUUUGACAACAAUCCUGUUUUUGAUAGCCAAAAAGAUACAAAUAUUGAAUCCUUAAGUCCAUUUAGUCAGACUACAGGAAAUAUGACUAAUUCAAUGAAUGCAAAUGGUGCACAUGUACCUCCAUCAGAAGAUCGUUAUGCGGCACUGAAAGACUUAGAUUCUCUAAUGAAACAAAUACAAUUGAAAGAUGAUACUACAACAACAUUAAAUACAUCCACAUGGAAUACUAAUAAUGCUUCGAAUUCACUCUGGAGUGUAGGAAAUCAAACUACAAAUGUAAUUUCAAAUCCAUUUGCAACUGGUGAUUUAUGGCGACCAUCUAAUGUAGUUAAUAAUAAUACACAAUCAAUUGAUACCUCGCUAUAUAAUCCUAUUAAUCCUUUUAAACCAGUACAAUUUCCUAUGAAUAAUGAUCCGCAGUGGGUAGGUAUCGGACCAUCUAGUAACAGAGAUGUAAUUCAGUUUAGUCAAUUAAUGACAAAUAAAGUAUGGCAACCAACUCUUCCAGCAUAUCAUGCAAAUCCAUUCAUGGUUGGUUCUGGCGUGAGCAACAUGACAAGAAAUUCGAACAAUCCUUUCUUAUGAUUAUAUAAGCAUAAGUUUUUAAUGGAAUUACGAACAAAUAAUAUAGACCUAAAAUAUGUUUAGUUUAGGGCAAUUGUUUAUAUAUGUGACCUUAUUGGCAAUUAGUGCCAUUAACUUUUAUCUACAGGAGCACCAAUCUCUUAUUCAUAUAACAAAAAAAAAUAAUACUUUUAUUUAUGAAUAUAAUAUACACGUUAAAUAAAGAUUAAUAUUUGUUACCAA